GCCAUCGAGCAGGCAACAACCAGCCAAAAAAGAACAAAAUUUAAACAAUUUUUUAAAAAUUCUUUAAAUCUACGUAAACGUAAAUACCCAACUCAAAAAUGGAAUACACGAGCAAGACCCAGAUCUACCAGAAGGUGAAGAAGCCCCUGUUGGAGCGUCAGCGACGGGCCCGCAUGAACAAGUGCCUGGACAACCUGAAAACACUUGUCGCCGAACUCCGAGGUGAUGAUGGCAUCCUGCGGAUGGACAAGGCCGAGAUGCUCGAGUCGGCGGUGGUCUUCAUGCGCCAGCAAAAGAACCCAAAGAAGGUGGUUCAGGAAGAGACCGCCCUGCCCCUGGACAGCUUCAAGAAUGGCUACAUGAAUGCCGUCAACGAGGUGUCACGUGUCAUGGCCUCCACACCUGGCAUGAGCGUCGACCUGGGCAAAUCGGUGAUGACUCACCUGGGCCGCAUCUACAAGAACCUGCAGCAAUUCCAUGAGGCACAGAGCGCCCAGAAUUCCCUCCAGAUCUCCAUGGACUGCUGCUCGUUGGACAAGGCGCCCCUCAGCCCCGCCUCCUCUGGAUAUCACAGCGACUGCGACAGCCCCGCCCCCUCACCACAGCCCAUGGAACAGCAGCAGCCCCUGUGGCGCCCCUGGUAAAAGGGAUUAAGUGGCAUGAAGGUGGAGUGGCAGGACCAACCAACAACGCAUCUGUGAUAGCCCAACUGUGAUGGCAACAAAAUAGCAAAUUGAAAAACCACUAGCAGAACAAAUAUAAACCAAUUUUAAACGAAAA